AAGCGAUUAAAACGAGCGAGAGUUAAAGAAAAUUAUCAGUGGUUCUUGACGAUUAAAUUUUAGAACAUUUCACAAAUAAGACAAAAAAAUGAAAUUUAUCUUCGUAUUGACUGUGUCAUUUCUCCUCUUUGAAGGAUUUGUAAUUAAAUGUCAUAAGGUAGAUCCAGCGCAGCCAGAAUUGUCAAAUGAUUUGAUGGAAGAGAUUCUGUCCGUAGCUGGUCUUGAUGCAACGAUAAUGGCACGACGAGCAAAUAUAAGUGCAGCAGAUAAUGUUAUGAGUCGAAUAUUCGAAAACCAUAUAAUUGUCAUCAAUUUACAUGGUACUAUCAGUGGAAUAGAGCAACAUUUACAAAAUGGUGAAUUACAUCUUCACAUUGGAAAUUUCAAUCGGCUUAUGUCACUUUUUGAGAAGUUUGGUAAAAAUGUAAGGAGAAUUCACAUAAAUUACAAAUCCCUCAUCGGUCCAUAUGACCGAGAGCGUCAAAUAAUAAACAAAAAUAUCAUCAAAAGGUUUGGAGAUCAAUUGACGGAGCUUAAAAUAACAACAUUUUAUGAUGCAAUCUGGAACGAAAUCUCGAAUGAAAAUGGAGAGAUUCAUUUUCCAAAUGUGAAAAAGUUUUCUUACACCGGUAUAAAUGGUCGGGAUAUAUUCGAUUUGCAUUCAAUAUUUCCAAAACUUGAAACGUUUCGAAUGAACGGCCUUGUGCGAAUAAUUGACAAAAAUUGCUUGGCAAAUGUUAAAAACUUGAAAGAAUUAGAGCUGAAAAUUUCUUCAAUCGGAAUUGAAGAGCAUCAACUGGACUCGAUUUUUGCAAAUAACAAAGGAAUAUCUACUCUUGUACUCUCAAUUGUCAGAAGAAAAGAUACACUUCGUUCGAUCGAAGAAAAUUUAAAACAUUUAGAAACACUCGAAAUUCAAGGACAUGCUGAUAAUGAAAUAUUGGAACGGGGCUUUGAUCGCGUAUAUAAUUUGAAGUCGGUUAUUACAUUCAGAUUGAAUUUCUACGUUACAAGUCAAUUGGUUGAUAAAAUUCUUUCAUUUGAAAUGCCAAACCUGAAAAGACUUUAUUUACAAGCAUUGCUUAUAGACAAUCGAAUAACCGAUUUCAUAAAUCAUUUCAAAAAUUUGGAAAUGGCGGACGUGAGAUCAGAAACCAAAAAUGUGAUGGUGAAACAAAUUGGAAAAUUAAUUUAUGCCAAAGCAUUUGUUACAAUCGACUCAGAUGUCUUGGAAAUUUCUUUACUUGAAAUAUUCGAAACGUUCGAUCGAAAGCAUUCAAGUGUGAAGACAUGGAAAGUGUUUGGAGUCGAAGAAGCCAAAUAUAUCAUUUGCAGUGAUCAAAUGAAUGCGAUUAAUGGACAAUUAAAGGAUUCUAAUAAACCAACAUGGACAUUAUCUUAUGAUAGAAACGAAAAGUACUUGGUGUUUAAACGUGACCUAUGAAUUUGAUUCCCAAAUGUAAUUCAUUAAUUGCAUUUUUUUACUCUUAAUAAAGGCAUUUUUAUAUUUUGAAA